AUGGCCAAGUGCCCGCUGCUGUUACUGCUAGUGGUAUGGGUGCUUGCUGGGGAGCUGUGGCUGAGGGCUGAGUCCCGGGCAACACCCUAUGGAGUGAAGCUUUGCGGCCGAGAGUUCAUCCGAGCAGUCAUUUUCACCUGCGGGGGCUCCCGGUGGAAACGUUCAGACAUCCUGGCCCAUGAUGCUAUUGGAGAUGCCUUCCCAGAAGCAGACCCUGAUGCAGAUAGUGAGCUGGAUGAAGCAAUGACUUCCAGUGAAUGGCUGGCCCUCACUAAGUCCCCCAAGGCCCUCUUUAGGGGUCAACCUGGUUGGCAAGGAACCCCUGGGGUUCUGCGGGGCAGCCGAGAUGUUUUGGCUGGUCUCUCCAGCAAUUGCUGCAAGUGGGGGUGCAGCAAAAGUGAAAUCAGCAGCCUCUGCUAA